UCGUCAGCGUCACUGACGUCGCUGUAAACGGCUGGCCAGCAAAAGCCGAAUCGGAUGAAGGCUGAUAAAUGACCCGCGUCGAAUAGGCUUCUUUCAAGAUGACGACCGAGGGGGAAUAUGAGUCGGUUCUGUGCGUGAAGCCGGAUGUCAACGUUUACCGCAUCCCACCGCGGGCCACGAACCGCGGAUACAGGGCAGCUGACUGGAAGUUGGAUGCUCCUGAUUGGACAGGCCGUAUGCGCAUAACAGCGAAGGGGAAGGUGGCGUAUAUAAAACUGGAAGACAAAGUCUCAGGCGAGCUGUUUGCUCAGGCACCAGUUCAGGAAUAUCCUGGCAUUGCGGUGGAGACAGUUAAUGAUUCCAGCCGGUACUUUGUGCUCCGAAUACAGGAUGAUAAUGGUCGCAGUGCUUUCAUUGGAGUUGGUUUUGGGGACAGGGGAGAUGCAUUUGAUUUCAAUGUUGCUUUGCAGGACCACUUCAAGUGGGUAAAACAAGAGAAUGAAAUAAUCAAAAACGCUCAGGCUGCGGACUCUGGACCCAAACUGGAUCUAGGCUUUAAGGAAGGACAGACCAUCACACUCAACAUCGGGCAAGGCAAAAAGAGGGAUAAGCCCCGUCCCCAGAGCUCAGGGGGCCUAGGCCUUCUCCCACCUCCCCCUGGAGGCAAAAUAGCCCUUCCUCCUUCCUCUUCCAAUCAUAAUACAGUACCGCCCACAGUAGGGGUAACACAGAUUGGUUGUCUGUUAGAACUGGACAGUAGUAACUCCAAUACAGUGGUUCAAUCAAACCCCAGUUCGGACCUUUGGGGGGACUUCUCAGCUCCUGCAAGUUCUGUUCCUCCUCCAGCACCACGGCAAGAUCCUACUUCUGGGAACUGGGUGCAGUUUUGAGGCCACCUCAUCAUCCUCUGUCUUUUAUCUCCAUUUCAUGAGAUACCCCAUAAGUCUAUCACCGACAAAACACUGUAAAUAAAACGUAUUAGAUGCUCAUAAGGAAAGUUAGAGAACCUGCGUAUUAAGAUUAUGUUAACACCAGCUUAUCUUGCCGAGCCAUAUAAUACAAUUCAAGGAGUACUCUGAUGUUUUUCGGCCUAAUCUCUGUUUGCCACAAAUGUGUUGUGUAGUCCAUCUCAUAAGACCAUAAUUUUGAUGCAUAUCCCGGACUUAUCCCUAUGUAACACACACUUAGAAGCUAAAGGGCACUUGAUUCAGUUCCUGCCCAUUUGCUUCUGUUGCAAGUUUGUUUUGAGUAAAGAGGUUAGGUUAAAAAAUGCUAGUGUUCCUUAAACUUCAUGUAAAUGCAUGAUAUGACUAUGGCAAAAAAGAAGCAGAAUGACCUCUAGUGGACAUGUUGAAACAAACUGUUUAACAACUUUGCGUUUGUGAGAAGGGUUUAAAAGAAUGUUUGCAGCUCUGUGAUUUGACAGAGUGUAAUGUUAAAUGUAGUUAAAAUGGAAUUUGAUGUAUUGUCACCAGGCAAUGUACUGUACAUGAAUAUACAUCCAAUAUACUCGCAAUACCUAUUAUACAGAGUAUACUUAAACAGGGCAAUUUAAACAGCAGUAAUAAUUCUCGUACUAAUAAGUACUACAAUAAUAAAUCUAAACCUGAAGUCGUAGGGACAAAAUGUCAAAUUUGUAACCUGUAAUCACUGCACAUUCAUUAUAAGUCCAUCAUGUGACUAAUCACUGGUCACUUACAUAUUAAACCAGAAUAAAAUAUUCCAAAG